CUGUGCGGAAGUACCUUCAUCUGAAAAUGGCUGCAUCGGGUCUUGGAUGGAGGUCGUGUUUGUGUGUACAUCUAGCGAUAUUUAGCUGGUAUGUUUUCACACUACGUACUAACUGUUCUCUAGAAAUAUCGGAUCGACAUCCAGGGGCCCGAACGUACGGCGGGCGAUGGAAGUACCUUACAUUUAUUAAUCUGGUGAUGCAGACGGUCUUCUUUGGGUUAUGUGUAGUGACCGACCUCAGUCAUCUCGCUGUGUCAAAUAAAAACGCUCGUAGCGGACUUCCAUCUCGCCUGCUAAAAACCCGAGAUUAUUUAUUCACUGUCUUGGCAUUCCCUGUUGGAACCUUUGUAUUUGCAUCAUUCUGGUCAAUAUAUGCCUACAACCGCGAACUGGUAUAUCCAAAGUUUUUGGACGAUAUCAUUCCAAUAUGGCUCAACCACGCCUUGCAUACAGUCAUCAUGCCCCUGCUCUUGGUGCAGAUGUUCGUGCAGCCUCAUAAGUACCCCAGCCGAGCCAAAGGCAUCCUGAGCUUAGCGCUGUUCGUCGCCCUCUAUCUGGCAUGGGUGCUGUGGGUGCACCAUGUGUCGGGCAUCUGGGUGUACCCCAUCAUGUCCCACCUGAGCCCCGUGGGGUUGGCACUGUUCCUGGCCGGGGCGUCGCUCAGCAUGGCCCCACUCUACCUACUGGGGGAGAAGAUGAGCCAGCUCACCUGGAGGCCGCCUGGCACCACUACCACUCCCACGGCCACGGGCUCUGGCUCUGGCUCUGGCUCUGGGAAAGGGAAGAAGAGGAAGUAGAGAAUGCUGCUUGGAAGGGGGCCUUGUAGAGGACCACAUGGGGAAUUCCUGAACAUUGUGAACCAGCGCAUACUGCAUAGCAGAGAGGGAGAGAGAGCAUAUAUACAAGUGUUGUCGACUUUUUGUCGACAGAUGGACUCAGGUGUUUUGUUUUGUUUUUUCACUUUAUACACUUGGAGCACUGACCGUUGCAAUACAUAAUUCUUAACCAUUGAGCAUACAACAAGUAUCUAUUAGGAUAGCCCUGAUUACAAGUAGCUUUUCCUAAAUUUGGGUGUUUGCACAGAGAUGGUAGCAUAUACUACAUGCUGGUUAUUACAAGAUGCUGGGUUUUUGGGUUUUAUAUUGGCCAGUUUUAUCCAGAAGUAUGUUGUACUUUAUUGCCCAAACAUGUUAGAAUAGGAUUUGUUUAAUACAUUGCUGUCAAAAAUAGUAACAGAGUUUUAUAAUUAAAUAAAUGAUUUACGGAAAUGAU